AUGCCGCAGGUUUUCACACGCAGCAGAACGGCUCCCUGUAUCGGCCCCUGUCUGCAGCCAUCGUCCCCCCUGCCUUCACCACAUUCACGUUCCUGUCCCGGGGCCUCUGCAGACGCUCUUCAGCAGCGACAUCCCUUCGGUGAGGUGGGGGUCUCCUCUGUGGUCUCCUCUGGUGCCCGCUCAGCCAUGUGUGAGAUUGGUCCGGGCCCCUGCUCAUGCCUCCCCUCGGUCUGGGGGAGGGCUCUGCUCACAGUUCACUUUGACAAUGAUGUUUUCAUUUCGUUUCAGUGA